AAAUUAUAUUUUCUAAAUACUGUACGAAUUGUUCGAAAAUUCGUCUUAUGUCGAUCUUCUUACCGAGUUACCUUUCUAUAUACGCUUGGAAGAUGUGUAUGUGUAGUCGGAUGUAUCGCAUGUAUAUGGAUAUGUGUAUAUAAGAUCUCUAUGAUUGUAUUUAUGUAUACACGUACACUAAUAAAUAACAGUGAGCAACAAAUAACAAUGUCGACGAUGGAAGGUUCACUUAGUAAAUGGACAAAUGUUGUUAAUGGUUGGCAAUAUCGUUGGUUCGUUUUAGACGAUAAUGCUGGCCUUUUAUCGUAUUACACGAGUAAAGAAAAAAUGAUGAGAGGAGCACGUAGAGGGUGUGUACGUUUAAGAGGUGCUAUUAUAGGUAUCGAUGAUGAAGACGAUAGCACAUUUACAAUUACUACAUCAUCAUACAAAGAUGAUCCAAAAACAUUUCAUUUUCAAACAAGAAAUGCAGAGGAACGAGAACGGUGGAUUCGUGCUUUAGAAGACACUAUACUACGUCAUUCACAUACUAAAUGGGAUCCUAAAAAAUCUCCUCCGAGGCAAGAUUUUGAUCGUAAAGUGGCCGAAGCAGAUGCUUACCUUCAAUUAUUGAUUGAUCAAAUAAAAUUAAUUGAAACAAAACAAAGUUCUGUUGCUGUAGAAGAUGAAGAGAAACAACAAAAAUAUGCAGCUAUUUUAACUCAAGCCAAUGCAAUGCUUAAUUCCGUUAAACAUACAAUUGUUCAGUUACAAAUUGCAAAGCGGUUGUGGAUAGAGAUCUCCCUGUACCUCAAUUUUCUUAUUCAUCUUCGGAUGAAGACGAAGAUUAUUAUGACGCAGCAGAUGAAAUAUCGCCUCCCUCUGCAAUGCAAAAUCAUAUCAAUAUUAGAAGACAAGAUAGCGAACGUUCACAAUCACAUGUAGAUGUAUUGAACGAAAAUCGGAAACAACCUCCGUUGCCACCUACGAAAGGUGAUGGCUCUGUUGAUUAUGAUGUGGAUUCCAUGGAAUCUCAUGGAUCCGUAGUGACUCAUCUUUUAUCUCAAGUAAAAAUUGGUAUGGAUUUGACAAAAGUAGCAUUACCUACAUUUAUUUUGGAGCGCAGAUCGCUUCUUGAAAUGUAUGCAGAUUAUUUUACUCAUCCAGAUCAGUUUGUAAGCAUAGCAGAUAUGCCUACUGCUAAAGAUAGAAUGAUUCAAGUAGUUCGUUGGUAUUUAUGCAGUUUUCACGCAGGUCGUAAAUCAGGGGUAGCUAAAAAACCAUAUAAUCCAAUAUUAGGUGAAAUUUUUAGAUGUCAUUGGGAUAUUCCUAAUGACACUGUAGAUAGUUCUACCGAUACAAAACUAGUUAUUGGAGGUCCUGUACCUUGGUGCAAAGAAAAUCAGCUUUCAUUUAUUGCUGAACAAGUUUCUCAUCACCCUCCUAUAAGUGCGUUUUAUGCUGAACAUUAUGCGAAAAAGAUCAGUUUUGGAGCACACGUAUGGACAAAAAGUAAAUUUCUUGGACUGAGUAUAGGAGUACAUAAUGUUGGGAAGGGUUGGGUAAAUGUAUUACAACAUGGAGAGGAAUACGUAUUGACUUUCCCAAAUGGUUAUGGUAGAUCUAUUCUGACUGUACCGUGGAUAGAAUUAGGAGGGACUGCAACUAUCCAUUGCGCACAAACUGGUUAUCAUGCUACUGUAGAAUUUUUAACAAAACCUUUUUAUGGUGGCAAGCGUAAUCGAAUUACAUGUCAAAUUACACAACUGGGAGAUAAAAAACCAUUUGUCGUUAUAAACGGAGAAUGGAAUGGUGCUAUGGAAGCAAAAUGGGCUGAUGGAAGAAGUGAAAUAUUUGCGGAUGUAAAAGAACUUCAUACUCAAAGAAAAUUAAUAAAGCCAGUAUGUGAACAAGAAGAACAUGAAUCGCGGAAGGUUUGGCGGGAUGUAACUGUUGGAUUAAGAAUUAAUGACAUGGAAAAAGCAACAGCUGCUAAAUGUGCAAUUGAACAAAAACAACGAGAUGAAGCUCGUACUAGGAAAGAAAAUAACGUUAAUUGGCAAACUAAGUUGUUCAAAGAAACUAAAGACGGUGGUUGGAUAUAUAUAAAACCUCUUGCUGAGAGAUUACAUUCUUGUUUCAACCAAAGUACUACAACAUAAACUCGCAAUAUGAUAUGUUGCAGUUUUAGACAUUGCACAGCACUAGUAAUUUAAGGCCUAACAUAUAUGAUUAAUUAUAUAUCUUUUUAAAUUAUAUACCUUUUUAAAGUUAAUGACUCUGUGCUAUUCAAAAGAACAAAACUAAAAGAUAUUAAUCAAUUCCCUAAAAUUUUUUUCUUAUAUAGACCUGAUUAAGUACAAUAGCAAAUAUUUAAAUGCUAUAAUAUUAAGAUUUCAUUAAAAGAUAUAUAUGUAUUUUGAUAGCAGACAAAUUAUUUUUUAUAAUAUAUUACCACAGACAGUUAUUGCAUUAAAAGAAACAAAUUCGCAUAAUGUUGUGCUAUAUAACGUCACCAUUGACAUACAAGCUUAUGUACUGUUAAAAAAAUAUACAUAGCUAUGAAGAUAAUAUUCCUGAUAAUUUAUGAUUUCUAUUAACAAGAAUUGUAAUAUAAUUUUAACAUAAUACAAUAUAAAUAAAAAUUAAAUUUAAUUAGGUAGUAAUAGACCAAAUGCAUAGCUUCUAUUACUAUCAAGUAAUAAUAGAUUAAAAGCAUGAUUCUCUAAUGUGUUCCCACGAUAUAACAUUAACGAAUCAUUGAUAAUAUUGAUUAAUUGAAUUUUUUUCAAUAAUAAUCGUAAUAAUUAUGUAUAUGAUUUGGCUUUUGAUAUUUUUAAAUUACUUCCAGAUAAUGUCCAAAAUGAUUUAGUUAAUACAUUUAACAAAAUGGACAACUGUACUUGUAAUUGUAAAAAUAAUAUAUACGAUGUACAUCACAUUUAUAUACAUAAUUGGUUGUUCUUAACUUCCAUGAAAUGUAAACAAGUAGCAUUUAAAUAAUGUAAAUACUUAUAAAUAUUGUUCGUAGUUCUUUACGCAUAAAAUUCUGCACAUAUUUUAAUUGCUUUUUAAUUAACUACAAAGUAUUAAAAUAUUUUAGUGAUAUGUUCAUUUCAUUUAGUUAUGUUACACACACAUAUAUAGAGUAAAAUUGUGAUUUACAAUCCUUUAAAUUUUACUAGCCAUAAAUAGCACAUUGUAAAAUAUUCCUAUCCAAUAUGUAAUAUAUAAAUAAAUAUAUAUAA